AUGUCCGUGGAAUUAAAGGACCUGGCCCCAUUGCUGCUCAAGAAGGAGCGCGCCAGUGGUGACGUCGACCCAGCAGUGCUCACGAACAUGCUGCGUGGCGGCAAGACAGCUAACGACCGUCGCAAGCAGCUCGUGAAGGUCAUCGAGCAGCAUCCCGUGCUGUCGGACCGCGACAUGGUCUACCGCAACCACUCGGAGCGCUACCUCUUCGGGCUGAAGAAGGCCUUCCACUACGUCAAGAUGGUGCAGGACGGGAGCUACACUGCCGAAGAGCAAGCCACCCUGCUCAACGCCUUGGGUGAGCAAGUGCCGUUCGACUUGCACCGCGAAAUGUUUAUCCCAACCAUCGAGAGCCAAGGCACCGACGAACAACGAGCCAAGUGGCUGCCUCUAGCCUCGAGCUACCGGAUCAUCGGGGCCUACGCGCAGACGGAACUUGGCCACGGGUCCAAUGUGCAGGGCAUCGAGACUACUGCCACAUACGACAAGUCGACGCAAGAGUUCGUUAUUCACUCGCCCACAUUGACGAGUCGCAAGUGGUGGCCCGGGGGUCUGGGCAAGACGGCAACUCACGCCAUCGUGAUCGCCCGACUGUUGCCGGAUGGCAAAGACGCUGGUGUGCAGUCGUUUAUCGUGCAGAUUCGCUCCCUUGACGACCACAAGCCGAUGCCUGGCAUCAAAGUGCGGGACAUCGGUCCGAAGAUCGGCUUCAACGCUGUCGACAACGGCGACUGCAGCUUCCACAACGUCCGAAUCCCGAGGGAAAACAUGAUGAUGAGGUAUGCAAAGGUGCUCCCUGACGGUACCUUCGUCAAGCCGAAGAGCGACAAACUCGUGUACCUCACCAUGGUGCGAGUGCGUGCAGUUCUGAUUAAGAAGCUUGGCGAACGCCUGGCGAUGGCAACGACGAUCGCCACUCGCUUCAGUGCUGCUCGUAUCCAAGGUCGAAAGUCCGACGGGAAGGGCGAGUUCCAGGUGCUGGGCUACCAGAACCAGCAGUACGCGCUGUUCCCGUUGAUUGCCAUCUCCUACGCCUCGCAAUUCGCAGGGUCGGUCGUGUUGAAGAUGCACGAUGCGGCUCUGGAAAGCAUCAAGAGUGGAGACGCUGGCUUUGGCGCCAUGUUGGCUGAACUCCACGCGGUAACGUCUGGUCUGAAGGCUUGGGUCGCGGAUAAGGCUAUUGAAGGUGUUGAGACCUGUCGUCGACUGUGUGGUGGUCACGGAUUCUCUCAGUCCAGUAACCUCGGCCAUUUGUUUGCAGAGAUCGCGGGAGCCAACACGUUUGAAGGAACGUCAGAUGUACUGGUGCAGCAACACGCGCACUAUCUGCUCAAAACGCUCGCCUCGCAGCUGUGCAGUGGUGCAUCGACGCAAUUCCUCAACGACAAGAAGAAGUUUGCCAACGUCGCGUUACGUUGCAAGGCUCAGAGCUCUGAGGAUUUUGGCAACUUCAACGUGUUCCUCGAAGCGUUCCGAGUACGCGCCACCCGCUCGCUGCUAUCCCUGGCUGGGAUAAUGAAGGCUACCAAGAACGAUAGCAACGCGUGCAUGAUCCUCAUGACCAAGGCGUCAACUGCGCACACGGAGAUGAUACUGCUCGAACAUUUUGUCCGGGCCGUUGAGAAACUCCAUAUUGGACCUGAGAAGCAGGCUUUGUCCGACUUGGCGUCGCUAUUGGGCGUGUGGCUCAUCACCAAAUCCCUGGGGGAUUUCCGCCAGCACGAUUACCUCUCUUCGAGCCAAGUCAACUUGGUGCUCAAGCAACUCAUGCGCUUACUCCCGAUUAUCCGCAGGAACUGCGUGCUGCUGACGGACGCAUGGGAUUUUACCGACUUCGAGCUGAACUCGACCAUCGGCCAAUAUGAUGGGGGCAUCUACCGCGCACUGGUGAAGCGAGUCGAGGACGAGCCCCUGAAUCAGCAUGAAGUCACGAUUGGGUACGAAGAGUAUUUGAAGCCGCUCAUUCGGUCUGGUCUGUAG